AUGGCGAGAGUAAGUGUUCUGAAUGAUGCACUCAAGAGCAUGUACAAUGCAGAGAAGAGGGGGAAACGGCAGGUCAUGAUUCGGCCUUCCUCGAUAGUUAUUAUCAAGUUCCUUCUGGUCAUGCAGAAGCAUGGUUACAUCGGAGAGUUUGAGUAUGUUGAUGAUCACAGAGCUGGCAAAAUUGUGGUUGAACUGAACGGGAGGCUGAACAAGUGUGGGGUGAUUAGUCCUCGAUUAGAUAUCGGAGUCAAAGAGAUAGAGGGUUGGACUGCCAGGUUGCUUCCUUCAAGACAGGUUAGCUUUAUUGUACUCACCACAUCUGCUGGCAUCAUGGACCAUGAAGAAGCAAGAAGAAAAAAUGUGGGAGGAAAAGUACUUGGUUUCUUCCAUUGA